AAUAUUUCAAAGAAAAUGGGAAAUACCUGUUGAUGAGCCGAUAAUGAAGGCGGAGGGGAAUCCAAUAUGGUCAAUAAAAGAUCCAUAGAGGAGGAAAAGAAGCUAGCCUUGGCCAUAGGCCAGAAAAAUCCUCAAAAAGUUAUCAAAAUCCAAGCUAUAGGCAAAGGAAUGAUCGCAAGGAAGAAAUAUAAACUCCAUCUAGAAGAAAAUAAAAAGAAUCCUGUUCAGAAUAAGAACGAGGAGAGGGUGGACUCUCUGAAUAGAGAGGACUGCAAAUUAAUCACGAAUGUACCAGAUUACAGCAAUCCUGCAACCAGAGCUACAGAGGCCAAGCUCGGAGCCUUUCAUUAUGACCAAGACGACCAGUUCGAUGAGAAUGACCUUAUUGAUAGAGGUCCCUACGAGCUUGAUAAUGGAGCUAUUUACAAAGGUCAGUGGUCCAGAGAGGGCCUCAGGUACGGCCGAGGCAUCCAGAUCUGGGUCGAUGGGUCAAAGUAUGAAGGAUACUGGAGAGGCGACAUGGCCAAUGGCAUGGGUAGACUCAUCCAUGCCGAUGGAGAUGUCUACGAAGGUGAAUGGUGAAAUGAUAAAGCUCAUGGCAAAGGAACCUACACUCACAUGGAUGGUGCUAAAUAUACAGGCGAUUGGAAAGAGGACAAACAGCAUGGUCAUGGAGUAGAAACCUGGCCUGACCAAGCUCGCUACGAAGGAAGCUACGAAUUUGGCAAAAAGCAUGGCAUUGGACGAUUCAAUUGGGCAGAUGGAAGCACCUAUUAUGGAGAAUUCAGGGACAACAACAUUCAUGGAAAAGGGAUCUAUACCUGGAGCGAUGGAAGAAAAUAUGAUGGCGACUGGAAGGAAAAUAAAAUGGAUGGCAAAGGAGUUUUUACCUGGAUUGACGAUAGAAGAUAUGAAGGAGAUUAUGUAGAUGACAAGAAGGAAGGCUAUGGAGUAUUCCAAUGGGGAGACGGCAGAUGCUACAAAGGCCAAUGGCUUAAUGGCAAACAGCAUGGAAUUGGAGUAUAUUCAGCUGCAAAUGGACUUGAAAGAAGAGGUGAAUGGAGAGAUGGAAGAAGACACCAAUGGCUUGACGAAGAAGGUCAAUAAAUCUAUUAAUAUA